AUUUUCUUCUCUCUUCAAUCUUGUUCAAUUCGCGUCUCCAGCCAUUAUCAUCCUUAUCCCAACCCCUGAAAAAACUCCCCAUGUAAACUCCUCCUUUCAUUGAGUUUUCCUUUUCAAGGAACCGUUCAAGAUGAGAAAGAAAGUUGAAGACGAAAAGAGUAGAGAGAAAAGUGUUUUGUUGCCAAUAUUUUUUUCUCUUCAUCUUCAUUCUCAUCUUUUUGAAACAUAAGAGAGUAACUUUAGUCGAGUUCAGUCCAAUGAAGAGUGUGAUUCUCCUUUGCGUGUGUUUAUCAAUUCCUUUUCCAUGUUAACCUUGUUAAUAUGUUUAUACAGCAAUUACCUUUAGCCAGAAGCAGCUCAUCAUCAACAUCAUCAAAAUCAUUGUAAUCAUCAUUAAAUUACCAUUGUUACAAGUAACAUCAUUUCAAUCUGAUUUGGUUUCCAAUAAAAAAAGCGAAAGAAAAUAGAAGAGAAAAAAGUAAAGAAAAUUGGCGAAACCAAGUAAACAAUUGAAAUUAUUCAUUUUACUCAACUUGAAAUUCAAUUUUAACCCUUUUCUCCAAACGUGAAUUGAAUAAUUUGAAAAUGUUGACAAAAAAAGUGACAAAAUUACAUUCACUUUGCAAGUGAAAAUACGAAGGAAAAAAAGUUUCUCUUUUCACGAUUUCGAUUGAUGAUUUGAUUCCCGAUUUUCAUCUAUAAAUGUGAUAUUUCAACUCAACUAAUCAACACCAAAAGACUGUGUGCUAUUGUGCCUAAAGCAUCAAUUCAAUCAGUUGUUAUCAAUAGUUGGGAAAGAAGAGAAGAAGAAGAAGAAGAAAAAAAAGGAAAAAAGUUGAACAAAAAUUGUAUUAACUUGUUCAAAAGGGAAGCAACAAAAAAUUGUUAUUGUAAACUUUAUCAUGAGUAAAGUGUUUCAUUGUGUGUUUACACUUUUCACGAUGAAUAAGUGAAUUUGUUUUGAAUUGGUUUCCAUUUGAUAUUAUCAUUUCAAUCCAUUUAAACUUGAAUGUGAAUCUUGAUCUUUCGGCUUCAACAUUCUUCUUUAUUCUGGGGUUACAUUAUCGUCAACUUGAACCAAAGUGAACACAAGUGUAAAGACGGAGAAGAAGGGAAAAAAAUGUUGAAAAAAACGAAUCACUGUUGACAUCUUUUACUUUCAACCCUUCACCAUGACAACAUGAUGAUUAUUUUUGCUUCAUCGUCAUCACCAUCUUUAACAUUGUCACCAACAUUAUGAUCAUCAUUUGUUGGAUGUAAUGAUAUUCCAUGUGAACAAAAUUGUGUUACCUUUUCCAACCAUGAAUUAGUCUGUGCAAAAAGCAUAAUAACGAAGAAGAAGAAGAAGAAAAAGAAAAGUAGAUAAUUUCAUUUUUCAUCUUCUGGUGAGAUUACCUUGAUGCUUACCAGUUGUGGUUUACUCUUGUUUGUGAUUAAGGUUAAUGUUUAAAUCAAUUAUUAAUGUGUGAUUAAGUUAACCAAAUUGAUGACAAUCAAUUGUUGUCGCUCAUCUUGAUGCUUUAUUUGCAUCAUUAUUUAAUGUAAAGCAGGCAAAAGUGAAACUGCACCAAAUUAUGAAUUCAUUAGUCAAUUCAUACACUGACCUUUUACCACAACCAACAACAUUAUCAUCAUUUGCAUCAACUGAUGCCUAUCAUCCAGUCACUCAUUUUACCUCUUUUCUUGCCUCCCAGUUGGUCUCUUCAUUAUCGGCCAACCUUUCAACCCAGGGUUACCUUGAUGAACCCUUGAACCUAACUUAUUUAACCAGUGAAAGUGACUUGACUUCACCUUCAGGUUCACCCGAGUUGCCCUCAACCAGUAGCAUCACAUUAGCCAACCCCAGUUACAUUGAGUUUCGUGAUCGAUCACGCUUCUGGAUUCAACGUAUUCUUGUUCCGCUAGUUAUGAUUAUUGGUGUUAUCGGCAAUUCAAUGACCAUUGUCAUCAUGACUCGACGACGGAUGAGAAGCUCAACCAAUUUUUAUCUUGCUGCCUUAGCAUCAAUCGACAUGAUGUACCUUAUAUUCAUUUUUAUCCUUUCCCUGAAACACUAUCCGGACGCUGACCAUUCAACCUUUUACUAUUACUGGGUCUUUUAUCCGUUCAGUUUAAUGAUUGUCGAUGGUUGUUCCAACAUAUCAGUCUGGCUUACAGUUACUUUUACCUUUGAAAGGUUCAUUGUGGUUACACAUCCAAUUCGAGGUAAGGUCAUUUGUACAGAGGCAAGAGCCAAAAAGGUGAUCCUUGCCGUUUUCAUCAUUUGCUUUACUUAUGUUUUACCGACACCAUUCGAGUGGAUUAUCGUUGAAAAGUUGAGUCCCUUGGAUAAUUCGACUCGAAUUGAUGUUCGCUAUUCCGAUUUUGGUCGCAAUAAAACGUACAGAACAAUCUAUUAUUGGACAACCUCCGUGCUGUUCACCUUUCUUCCAUUAACACUGUUGGCCUUUUUCAAUGCUUUCCUCAUUCGAUCAGUUCAACUCUCCCGUCGAGCUCGUUCUGAAAUGACCCAGUCAAAGAUAACAACUGCCUACUCAACAGUCUCCAAAAGCGAUCCCGAUCCAAGUCCACGGUUGGGUCGCAAUGGUGUAGUCGCUAGUGGAACUAGCAGUGGGUCAAACAAGGUUGACCAUUCGACUGCUCAAGAGACUAAGAUAACCAUCAUGUUGAUAUCGGUUGUGGUGCUUUUCCUGUGUUGCCAGUCACCAACAGCAAUCAUGUUAAUCUAUUCAUCUCUCCGUGAUGACGGUCGCAACACCAAUGAAUACUAUUUGCACAUAGCGUGGAACAAUAUUUUCAAUUUCCUGGUGGCUGUUAAUGCAGCCGGAAACUUUGUCCUCUAUUCACUGCUCAGUCAAAAAUAUCGUCGAACCUUUGUACAGCUUUUUUGUCCCUGCAUCAAGGGUCGCCUUUCCCGUCUCCAAUCAUACCAGCAAACCCUUUACCCUUCCAAUGCAACCACCAUUGGUUAUUCAACUUCAUCCGAUAAACGGUUCAAUGAACUUUUAUCCGUCUCAAGUGAUUCCAAGUCUCGCGGCGGGUCAACCUCACCCCGAGUCUCAAGAGUCGGUCUGCCUGGGAAUGGGUUUGACUUUGGCGGUCGACCAAACAGUAAUUACAAUCUUAAUCAAACCCCAACAACACCGACAACCAACAUGAACUUAUUCAACAGUAAAACUUGCAACAACAACAACAACCAGACGGACCACAAUUCAGGUGGAAACAGUGACCAACAAAAUGACUCGACAAAUGUAGUUGAAAUUAAUUGCAGUACAAAUGAAGACAAAGGAUUGCCCGAUUGAGGAACGCAAAAGUGCGCUCAAAGAAGCGACCAAAAAAACGUUCAUUUAACCAUCAAUUGUACAAGAAGUCUAGUUUGUUGUAACAAUCCAAGCAAUUUAUUGUAACAAUUGAGACUAAAGUGUCUUAACCGAUUCGGUAUUUAAUAUUUUUAUUUCAACUUUUCAAUGAAAGCAAAUGACUCGAGUUUCAACUUUUGCAUUUCCAGGACAAAAAGCAAAAGAACAGUUGAUAUUGAGAGGAAAAGGUCAACUCAAUGUGGGCACAACUAAUGAACAGACAACACUGUAAUUAUACGUUAAUAUGUUUAAUAAUUUUGUUCAAUUGUGGUCAACCUUGCUUGAUGGACAACAACAAAAAUCCAAACUUAAUCAUUUGAAUCUCAUUUUGCCUUGAAAAGCAAUUCAACUGUAAUAACAUUUACAAAAGUCAAUAAUGAUGAUUAUAAAAGUUAUAAAUAAUGAUAUCAAUAUUAACCACAAAUAAAGAAAAUCUUUUUUUUUG